AUUAAUACAACAACGCUCUGGUCGGCUCAAAGUUUUCACACCUUCUCCUCUGAGGCUGAUCGCUAACAGGACACAUUUCAGGCUGUCCAGUGUAGGAUGUUCAGGUAGAAAAGCUGCUGACUGGAUCAACAGAGGCUGAACACUGAGGAGACAUGGAAGCUGUGGUUGGACUGUUGCUGAUGCUACUCGGAGUCUCUCAUGGUGUGGAAACCUACUGUGAUGGCCGACAGGAUGGAGCUCAGUGUUAUGGAGUUUUGGGAGGAUUAUUGGUCCUCCAGCUGAUGGAAAGCGCCUCAGGAAUAUCUAGAUACCAGUGGUCAAAAAACCCAACAAUAAUUCUUAUUGGUAGAAAGAACCAGAUUGUGUUUAAUGAGAUAGCAAACAGAUCCUUCUUUACUCCCAGUAAUGGAACAUUUAGGAUCAACAACCUGAGCUGGACUGAUGGAGGUGAAUAUAAACUUGUAAUCUUUGGUUCAGAUGGCCAGGUAUCAGAGCAGCGGACUCUACAGUUGGCUAUUCAAGGUGUGGAAACCUACUGUGAUGGCCGACAGGAUGGAGCUCAGUGUUAUGGAGCUUUGGGAGGAACUGUGGUCCUCCAGCUGAUGGACAACGCCUCAGGAAUAUUUAGAUACACAUGGUCAAGAACAACAACAAAAAUAGUCAGUGGAAGAAAGAAUAUGAUUAUGUUUAAUGAGAUAGAAAACAGAUCCUUCUUUACUCCCAGUGAUGGAACAUUUAGGAUCAACAACCCGAGCUGGACUGAUGGAGGUGAAUAUAAACUUGAAAUCUUUGAUUCAGAUGGAAAGAUAUCAGAGCAGCGGACUCUACAGUUGACCAUUCAAGCUCCUGUGUCCUCUGUCCUGCUGGUCUCUGAGUGUCUGUCCCAGGGAGAGAUGAGGGUGUCCUGCUCCUCUGAGGGAGGGGACAGUCCUCAGUACAGCUGGACUCUGGAUGGACGCACACUGACAGAUGCUGAGCUCUUCUCUGGAAAUACUGAGACUAACAGCAUCACUCUGAAACAAAAGGUCUCAGGACGACUGGUCUGCUCAGUCAGGAAUCAAGUCAGUAAUGUCUCAGAAGAAAAGACAAUAUCUACAUGUGGCUUCAUACACAUUAACUGCACCUUAACCAACGGGACACACAUAUCAAAGUGGGUGUUUGCAGCCAAUAAUACCCUGUGUCAGCCAACAACUACUCCUACCUCCACCGUGGGUAAGACGACUGGCAUCACAGUGUCAAUUAACCCCUGCACUAAAACACAUCCUCCAAUCAAAAUAUGACCCUCCCCUCCCCAGAGAUGACCCAUGGUACAUUAGGUACUUGCCGAUAAUGGCCGGUGUACUGUCAGCGUUGGUAAUUCUGUUAGUGGUCGGGGUGGCUGUCGUCUGUGCCCAGAA